GGGCUGGGAGUGAGCUGGGACCGGCACCGGGAGUGAGCUGGGACCGGGAUUGGGCUGGGACCGGGGCUGGGAGUGAGCUGGGACCGGCACCGGGAGUCAGCUGGGACCGGCAUCGGGACUGGCACCGGGAGUGAGCUGCGACCGGGACUGGAGCUGGGAUAAGGAUUGGAGCUGGGAUCGGAACCGGAGCUGGGAUUAGGAUCGGAACCGUGAGUGGAGCUGAGAUCGGGACAGGGUUUGGAGCUGGAAUCGGGACCGGCGCUGGGAUCGGCACCGGAGCUGGGACUGCGACCGGAGGUGGGUUUGUGACUACGACCAGGAUCGGGAUCGCGACCAGAGCUGGGACUGGGGCAGGGAGUGGAGCUGGGAUCGGAACCAGGACCUUGCCCGGAGCCGCCCCGCAGUGUCCGGCCCGCACACGGAGCCAGCCCGGCCGCGAUGGCAGCAGCCGAGGGGAAUAAACUUUGGGGUGGAAGAUUCAGUGGAAGCACAGAUCCCAUCAUGGAGAGGCUCAAUGCCUCCAUUAGCUAUGACCAGAGACUGUCUGAAGUCGACAUCCAGGGGAGCAUGGCUUAUGCCAAAGCCUUGGAGAAGUCUGGGAUCCUGUCUAAAACAGAGCUGGAGAAGAUCCUGGGUGGCCUGGAAAAGAUCUCUGAGGAAUGGUCCAAGGGAGUCUUUGGUGUGAUCCCGACUGAUGAGGAUAUCCACACUGCCAACGAGCGCAGACUCAAGGAGCUGAUUGGAGACGUAGCUGGGAAGUUGCACACUGGCAGAAGCAGGAAUGAUCAGGUUGUGACUGACCUGAAGCUGUUCAUGAGGAAUUCUCUCUCCAUCAUCUCCAGACACCUCCUGCGGCUCAUUGAGACCCUGGUGGAACGUGCUGCCAUAGAAAUCGAUGUGAUCCUGCCUGGCUACACCCACCUGCAGAAAGCUCAGCCCAUCCGAUGGAGCCAGUUCUUGCUCAGCCACGCUGUUGCUCUGACCCGGGAUUCUGAGCGCCUGGGAGAGGUGAAGAGAAGGAUCAAUGUCUUGCCUUUGGGAAGUGGAGCUCUGGCUGGAAACCCCCUGGGAAUUGAUAGAGAGCUGCUGUGCAAUGAGCUGGACUUUGCUUCCAUCAGCCUGAACAGCAUGGAUGCCGUCAGCGAGAGGGACUUUGUGGUGGAAUUCCUGUCUGCUGCCACCCUGCUGAUGAUCCACCUCAGCAAGAUGGCUGAGGAUCUCAUCAUCUACAGCACCAGCGAGUUUGGCUUCCUCACCCUCUCUGAUGCCUACAGCUCUGGCAGCAGCCUGAUGCCUCAGAAGAAGAAUCCCGACAGUCUGGAGCUGAUCCGCAGCAAAGCCGGGCGAGUGUUCGGACGGUUGGCUGCAAUUCUCAUGGUGCUCAAAGGACUCCCGAGCACCUACAACAAGGACCUGCAGGAGGAUAAGGAGGCUGUCUUUGAUGUCGUAGACACCCUGAAUGCUGUGCUCCAGGUUGCCACUGGAGUGAUUUCCACCCUCCAGAUCAACAAGGAGAGCAUGGAGAGGGCGCUGAGCCCAGACAUGUUGGCUACUGACCUGGCUCUCUACCUGGUUCGAAAGGGAAUGCCCUUCAGACAAGCCCACAUGGCCUCCGGCAAGGCCGUCCAGCUGGCCGAGACCAAAGGCAUCACCAUCAACAACCUCAGCCUGGAGGAGCUGCAGAACAUCAGCCCCCUGUUUGGCAGCGAUGUGGCGCAGGUGUUCAGCGUGGUGAGCAGCGUGGAGCAGUACACGGCCGCGGGCGGCACCGCCAAGAGCAGCGUGUCCGCCCAGAUCGAGCAGCUGCGGGAGCUGCUCAAGAGGCUCAAGGAACAGGCUUAG